AUGGCUUACAAGAUCGCAUUCGCACUCGCUAUGCUCGCCGUGGCCCAAGCGGCAGUGCUGAGAACUGUGGCACCCGUUGCCGUAGCACCCGCACCCGUUCUGGCCAGGACCGUUGAGCUCGAGGAGGUUGACCCGCAUCCCCAGUACUCCUACAGCUACGAUGUGCAGGACACUCUCUCCGGCGACUCCAAGGGUCAUGUAGAGGAGCGCGAUGGUGAUGUAGUUCGCGGCGAAUACUCCCUGGUCGAUCCCGAUGGCUUCAGACGCACCGUUACCUACACCGCCGAUUCCAUCAAUGGUUUCAAUGCCGUCGUGCGCCGUGAACCCCUCGUUGCCGUUGCUGAACCUCUGGUGAAGGCAGCUCCCGUUGCCGUUGCAGCACCCCUCGUCCGCUCUGCUCCAGUUGCCGUUUCAGCGCCCCUCGUCCGCUCUGCCCCACUUGCCGUCGCCGCGCCCAUCGUCCGCUCUGCUCCAGUCGCCGUUGCAGCACCUAUUGUCCGCUCUGCCCCACUUACAGUGUCUGCUCCUCUUUUGAGGGCUGCUCCUCUGAGAUAUACAGCGCCAGCUUUUGCCGUGAGGAACUUGUAA